GGCACGGCUCCAGGAAGGUCGUCCUCCAGCUGCCCAGUGCCUCUGCCAGGGCAGAGUGUGGCGGCAGCCGAGAAGCCUGCAUGCGGGGUGCUCUCCGGACGGCUGGCCCAGGGUCGGCAGCACCCAGAGGCAGGGGGCUGAGGCUCACCCAGUGUCUGGGGUCACUGCCGUCACCAUCUUCUGCCCCAUCGUCUCCACCUGCCCCUGCUGUGUGGCUCAGGAGAGCCCACGCUCAUUGGAGAAGGGGGUUGUGGAUGAAACGGGCCCAGUGCUGGAUCAGGAAGCCCUGCAGUCUGGCUGGCCUACAAUCAUGGAAGAACAAAGCUAGACUCCCUGAAACAGAAAGAAUAAGAAAGCAAAAUGGAAGGGGGGAAACCCCUUCAGGUUGAAUCAGUGGCUGCUGAGCUGGUGCUGCGAGGGGAUUCUCCUGUCUCCAGGAUAUUUUCAGAUUCAGAUGGCAAUUAGGGAAAGACCCACAUGACCUUGAAACACAACCUUGAAACUUUCGGAAGGCUGAGUUCCGACCACCAAGCCAGGGAGUGCAGACCACCCACCACCGGGCUCCUCCCUAGACGAUGUCGUCAAGGGCAGACCACCCAGCGCAGAGCCUCACAGGGUCUCAGCCCUUCCCUUGGUGAUAUUGCAGAGCAACCUAAGCGGUAGCUGGGAGAGCGUCAGAGCAAGGCAGUGUUGAAAAGCGUGCUGCAGGAGCACCGCCACGGGUGCUCCGUCGGCCGGGGGAUGGCGUGGAGACAGGCGGGCGUGCAGCGAGGCAGGGACUCCAGAGGCCACACGGACUGUGGCCUGGACGUGCACUGUGGUCCCAGGAGGCCCCUGCAUGUGGGCGGCAGGAACUGUCCCUCGGCUUGUGAGCAGCUCUGUGGGAUGCCUGCCUGGACGUGGCCCACGCGCCCUGCUGUAGACGCUGGCUUUGGUGACUGUUUCUUCCCCUGCAAAGCAGGGUGGCCCUCUGCACAUCAGGAAGCCAUGCCCAGAAGAGAGCAGCAGCCUAUGCCUGCGUCCGAUGAGCUUCUUUUGAGUGACCUCCUGUCCUUCCUUUUACUCCUGUUAUUCUUUGUCCUCCUUAGUAGAAAGCCACCAGAAGUUGGAUUUAAAUGGAGGACUUCCCCGGGCUUGCUGAGUAUCCGGGGAGCCCAGGAGGAGGAGCCCACGGACCCUCAGCUGAUGCGCCUGGACAACAUGCUGCUGGCUGAGGGGGUGGCCGGGCCUGAGAAGGGCGGUGGUUCUGCGGCAGCGGCGGCAGCGGCGGCGGCUUCUGGAGGGGCAGGCUCGGACAACUCGGUCGAGCACUCAGACUACAGGGCCAAGCUGUCGCAGAUCAGGCAGAUCUACCACACGGAGCUGGAGAAGUACGAGCAGGCCUGCAACGAGUUCACCACCCACGUGAUGAACCUCCUGAGAGAGCAGAGCCGGACCAGGCCCAUCUCCCCAAAGGAGAUCGAGCGGAUGGUCAGCAUCAUCCACCGAAAGUUCAGCUCCAUCCAGAUGCAGCUCAAGCAGAGCACCUGCGAGGCCGUCAUGAUCCUGCGUUCCCGGUUUCUAGACGCACGGCGAAAGAGACGGAAUUUCAACAAGCAGGCGACGGAGAUCCUGAACGAGUACUUCUAUUCCCAUCUCAGCAACCCUUACCCCAGCGAGGAAGCGAAAGAGGAGCUGGCCAAGAAGUGCGGCAUCACGGUCUCGCAGGUAUCAAACUGGUUUGGAAAUAAGAGAAUCCGGUACAAGAAGAACAUAGGUAAAUUUCAAGAGGAGGCCAAUAUUUAUGCUGCCAAAACGGCGGUCACUGCCACCAACGUGUCAGCCCACGGAAGCCAAGCUAACUCGCCCUCCACCCCCAACUCCGCUGGUUCUUCCAGUUCUUUUAACAUGUCAAACUCUGGAGAUUUGUUCAUGAGCGUGCAGUCACUCAAUGGGGAUUCUUAUCAAGGGGCCCAGGUUGGAGCCAACGUGCAAUCACAGGUGGAUACCCUUCGCCAUGUUAUCAGCCAGACAGGAGGAUACAGUGACGGACUCGCAGCCAGUCAGAUGUACAGUCCGCAGGGCAUCAGUGCUAAUGGAGGUUGGCAGGAUGCUACUACCCCCUCAUCAGUGACCUCCCCCACAGAAGGCCCUGGCAGCGUUCACUCCGACACCUCCAACUGAUCUCCCGCCAUCGCACCGGCUGACCCUGGGCCCCACUGGGGCAGGGGCAGGAGGGAGGUUUCUCUCCCAACGCUGGCGCGGUCAGACGGGGUCGAAGCAAUCAGCAAACACAAUAAGAGUCUCCUCUCCUGUCUUCUUUGGGAUGCUGUCUCAGCCAAUCUGGACACUUCUUUAUACUCUCCUCCCUUCGUUUCUGGGUAGACGCGCCCCUCCCUGCCUCCAGCUGCUGGCCUGGCUUCGGUCAUCUCCCUGGCCCCUUCCCUCUGUCCUGGGCUCCCGGGUCCCUGCCCUCUAGUACACCACUGACCGGUAUCUUCAACAAUUAGAGGAAUUUGAAAGGAAGCAAAUCACAAAGAAAAUAAUAAAGUGUUUGUCUGUCUUCACGCUCUGGUUUGGGGAGCGAAUGCCCUCUGACCCUGCUCCCUGUGCUGGCCGCCAGUCCUCCUAUUCCUCUGUCGCUCUCACUACCUCUCAGCAGGAAAAGCCACCUGCCCUGCUCCUUCCUCCCACCUCCGCCCCGCCUCCUGGGCACAGUCCCCAGGGAAGCGCUGUCCUGCUCUCCCAGUUCUGGGUGUUCGCUGGGGACUGUGGGACGGGCCUCCUGGAGCUCAGGGCCUCCAGGUUGAUUCCCAGGUGGAAGUCAGGGCAGGGAGGGGUGGAAGCAGCCAGGGAGGAUCCGCAGGCUUCGCCCCCCUCCCACAACACCUUGGUUCCAGAGAGACAGUCUUUAAGACCAUUGAAGGCUUAGCAAGCCACGUUCAGAACCACCACAGACAGGGCCUGGUGUGGGCAGGCAGUGAAUGCGCCAGUCAGGGGGAGAAGGUUCAGUCCUGCAGCCCGGGACUCUCCCUUCACACUGGGCACACACCGCACACGCCAACAGGUGCAGGCUCACCUGCGCUUCCCAAGACGCCCUGUGCGAAUGCCCGCGCUCACAACCACGCGCUCUGCCCUGCAAGCCAGGAGAGGGCACGGGCAGCUCUGAAGGUCACUGGCAGGCCAGCAGUGAGCUCUAGGACCAGCAGCUGCUCCAGGGCGUGGCAAGACCUCACUGAUGAAGGCCGGUGUCCCGUGGAAGCCUCCCCACCACCACCAGCUCUCAGGAGCCGCGGCCUGCUCGGAAAGUCCCAGAUGGAGGUGGCCGCUGUGUGGUUUCCACCUCGGGUGCAGUGUAGUCACGGUCCGGCUGGACCACACCUGUUGUGGUCCCGACCUCCUGCCCUGGAGGAGAGUGGUUUGAGAACACGCUGCAGCUGAGCUCUCUGCUGGCCUGAUCUGAAGAGACGAGAGCCAGGGGAAGGCACGGUAGCAUCUUCAUGGAAAUCAUCCUGCUGGUUUCUCCUCCCUAGAAAUGUCUGAGAGAAAAUAGCAGGUGCCACAGAGCUAUUCUCAAAUGUCCCCAGCUUGCGUCCUUCACGGCUGACCCUGCCCGCUGGCCUCAGGUGGCCUGUGACAAAUGGAGGUCGAUUGUGUUUCUGUCCCACCGUGAAGCCAGGGAGGCGGCGCCCCGGGCAAGAUGGCUCCUGCUGCGUCAGGACAGUAAGGGGCUUGCUUUUCCUAACUUCCGGCCCAUCCGGCCCCUGUGUCACCACCGUGGUGACAGAGAGAAGAGUUGGUCUUAGGGUUUUGGCCUGUCUCUUGUGCUCUUUGUUUUUGGCUUCCUAGGGGAGGGAAAAGCUUCCAAAUUAGAAGACAAGGGUCUGGUCUGUUAGCUUGUACUUGAAUCCAGUUGUGGCCUUGGGAGGCUUGUCCCACUCCCAUCUCUACUUGGGCAACUCCUAGGAGAGGUCAAGACCCGAGGUGAGGAUGGCCAGCCCACGAGUUUGGGGGGACUCUGCAUGGCACUCCAGUACUCGUAGAAAGUCCUCUGUGCUCUGCAAAGUUGGGAUGCUGCCCAGGAGGCUCGAGGGCAGUGGAGCUGAAGGAAAUGCAGAACAGACCUUGGCCAGACGCAGUUUUGCCUGGAGGAUUAAGGGCAGGAGAAAGACCGCCUCUGCUACCCCAUGCUGUGGCCAGGAAGGGCUGAUGAACAGGGCCUUUCGGGCCUACUCGGUGCCGAGGACGGUGGCAGCUGCGUCCCAGGGUAGGGAUAGGUGGAAGUCACUCCCACAGGGGCAGGGAAGGACCCCCUUGACUCGGAGCACAGCGCAGAGGAGACGGAGGGUUCCUGGGAAGGAGAACGCUCCACACGCAGAUCAGGCGACUGCCACCUAGGUUGGUGCCAGUGUUGGGGCAGAGGCCUGGGGUCCUCUCCCGCAGGGGUCGCUCUGGCGACUCCCCUCGCAGUCUUCCCACCCAGCCCUUCCCCAGGCCUCCUCACAUCCCACGCCCUCCUGGGGUCCCCUUCAAGCCCACCGUCAUUUAGCACGGUGGCCAGGAGGUCUCCCACCAAGCAUGAGGGGUCCCCAGCCACAGAGGGUGGGGUGGAGAGCGGCCUGGACCCCCGCUCCCUGGGAAUGCGUGCCAGGCCAGUCCCACGGACUCCCGGUCCCCAGGAGCCCUGCCGUUCCUUGGGGAGGCGGGCCCGCCCUCCCUGGCGCCCGGCAGGGCUCCUCCUGUCCUGCCCCACUGCCCCGGCCAACACCCGGUCCCCAGGCCGCCCUGCUCCCUGCUGGUCUCUGUGUGACGGUGGCGGUUCUUACAGCUGGUGGCCUUUUCCCUCACCCUCUUUUCCCCACUUUCCUCUGCUCUUUAUUUUUCUGCCCAGAACAACCUGACUUCGAUACCAAAAAAGAUGAAACUACAGAAACUCAAAUUUAAAAAAAACUUAAAAAAACAAAAAAAAAAAACUCAACGAUUCUUUCAGCUUUAUCGACAUUUCCCUUUGUUUCUUGCGACUGUCUCGUUCUUUGUAGUAUUGAUGAUGAACAUUUGAUGAUGAAUGUUCUUGUAUAUUCAGAUAAAGAAAAAAACCAAAAAGCGGUCUGAAUUUAAUAGUGUUUAUAAUAAGAAUUUUACAAAUGACCCUCACAGCACGAAUCAGGGUGGGGACGUCCCCCCCUUCUGUGACGAGCGCGUCGUUCCUGCAUUUGUUUUUGAACACCGAGCUACCUGCGUUCACCAUUUCCCCCUUUCCUUUACUUUCUUGCAUUUGUGCGUUAGUCCCAGGAUGCUAGGAAAGUGUCGUUGUGCACGCCCAUCUCUUGUUUCACAAUGUUUAAAAGUGACAGUAACUCAUUUUGUAAACUAAAAAAAAAAAGGUUGGAAUAGUGAACUUAA